AUGGCCAAAACUCUCGUAUUGUCGCUUCUGAUCGGCCUUGUCCACGCCCAGUCCUACUCGGGAUGCCACACCCACGGCAGCAUCGAGUACUGCUACGGCUCCGAUGGGAAUGAAACCCCGGUCUCGACGCUGAUUCCCGCCACAGCGACUAUCCCAGCUACCACCACAGCGAGCACGACAGCCUCCGCGCACUCCUCGGCCGUGACGGGCUGCCACAGCCACGGCGACGAGGUCUUCUGCAUCGACGACCAUGGACAUGAGGUGCAGGUGUCGCUGGCAUCUACGCCGACCGGGGAGUUGCCAGCACAGUAUACGGGCUGCCAUUCGCACGACGGAGCGACAUACUGCAUGGACCCCGAAGGGAACGACGUCAAGAUCCUCGAAGAGAGCGCCAAGAUUCACUCUGAGUCUGAAUCAAGCGGGCAAGCCUCCAAGGAGGGGAUGAACUGCCACUUCCACGCGGGUGUUGAACACUGCGUGGGUGCUGGGGAAUCCGAAUCCGGUUCCGCACAUGGGAAGUCCUGUGGUCUACGGGAACGCGAUUACGACGUGCCCCUUCGCGUUGGCACGCUGUUCGUGGUCCUGGUCACCAGUUCCAUUGGCGUGUUUCUGCCCAUGGCGCUGGUCAAGCUGCCCUCCAAGACGCUGAAUGGGGUGCUGUCGACGGCGAUCAAGCAGUUUGGCACGGGGGUGAUCCUCUCCACAGCCUUUGUCCAUCUCUACACCCACGCCAACCUCAUGUUCACGAAUGACUGCCUCGGCGAGCUGGAUUACGAAGCCACCACCUCCGCAGUCGUGCUGGCCGGGAUCUUCCUCUCCUUCCUCUUCGAAUACAUCGGCCACCGACUCAUCCUCGCGCGCGGCGCCAAGUCCUGCGCCGCGAAUACCUGCCCUUCCCCGCCAUCAUCGACCAAAGAACCCACCCCGCACCACCACACGCUCACCUCGCUCGGGCACAACCACGGCCCGGCGCUCGACCCGACCCACGCCAACACGCAGCUCUCGGUGCUGGUUAUGGAAGCCGGCGUGAUCUUCCACAGCAUCCUCAUCGGGCUCACGCUGGUCGUGGCGGGCGACUCGUUCUACAAGACGCUGCUGGUGGUGAUCAUCUUCCACCAGUUCUUCGAGGGCCUGGCGCUCGGGGCGCGCAUCGCGCUGCUGCCGGGCCGCGUGUUCCCGCACAAGGCGGUGAUGGCGGGGGCGUUUGCGGUGAUCACGCCGGUGGGGAUGGCGAUUGGGCUUGGGGUGCUGCAUUCGUUCAAUGGGAAUGAGAAGAGCACGCUGGUGGCGCUGGGGACGCUGGAUGCGUUGUCGGCGGGAAUCCUGGUGUGGGUUGGGGUGGUGGAUAUGUGGGCGCGGGACUGGGUGAUGGAGGGAGGGGAGAUGAUGGAUGCGAAGCUGGGGCGGGUGUUGAUCGGGGGGGUGGCCUUGGUGGCUGGGAUGGUAUUGAUGGGAGUAUUGGGGAAAUGGGCUUAA